AUGUCUCCUACUAACAGGCUGGGUCAAAUCAGCAAUCACAUCUCGCCCAAAAUGGUUGAACAAACUCUCCUCCACAAGGUCGCUAUCGUCAGCGGCUCGUCCUCAGGAAUUGGCGCCGCCAUUGUGCGGGAACUCUCUGCCCACGGAGCGAGCACAGUUGUUAAUUAUCCAUUCCCGGGUCUCAAAGCUGAAGCAGACGCCCUGGUGGCGUCUUUGCCAUCUCCGUCAGUUGCUGUUGAAGCGGAUAUGGGCUCAGUGUCUGCUCCACAGGCGCUGGUCGAUGCUGCGGUAUCGAAUUGGGGUCGGGUCGAUAUCGUGGUCAACUGUGUCGCACUAGCAGUAAACAAGCCGUUCGAAGAGCAGACACUUGAUGACUGGGACCGACUGGUCAAUAUUAAUGGACGCGGGACGUUCUUGUUGACUCAAGCCAGCUUGAAGCACCUCACCAAGAAUACUGGGAGAAUUGUCAACAUCGUGAGUAUUUCGGCACGAGGACCUCCGCCAAAUCAGAGCAUCUAUGCCGGUACCAAGGGAAUGGUUGAUUCCUUCACGAAAUGCUGGGCCAAGGAGCUUCCGCCCAAGUAUGGUUGCACCGUCAACGCGGUCAGUCCGGGGCCAACCAAGACGGAAGGUUUUGCAGCAGCAGGUGAAGAACAGAUGAAGAUCCUCCAGCCCAUUAUUGAUCAGACACCAGUUGCGCCACGGAUGGCUGAGCCGGAUGAGAUUGCGUUUGCCGUGGGGUUUCUGUGUGAAGAGAGGUCGAGAUGGAUCAAUGGGGCACAUAUUAUUGCAUCUGGUGGACUGUUUAUCGAUUAG